AUGGCUGAAUCCAACGUGCAGAAAGACAAACCCGCCGAGCAGUACAGCUGGUACCAGCCCGACCUCGCGCAGGUCAAGGAGCCCGCCCGGACUCUGCUGGCCGAGUACAGCAAGAUCCCCGAGGAGAAGAUCAUCGACCAUGUCAAGGAGGUGCGCGAUCGCGCGUUCGCCGUGUUCCCCUACCCCUGCAUCGGAUCCUUCCGCUUCCUCGACAUCACCAUCUGCGCCUCCCCGGCCUACCCGGAGAUCCUCUCGCGACUGAAGACCUCAGACGAGACAUACCUAGACCUAGGCUGCGCAAUGGGCCAAGACAUCCGCUACCUGAUCCACCAAGGCGCCCCCGCCUCCAGCCUCUACGGAAGCGACCUGCACCCCGAAUUUAUCUCCCUGGGCUACGACCUCUUCGCCGACCGCGCCACGCUACCCACCGAAUUCAUCCCCAGCGACAUCUUCGACCCCUCCUGUGCCCUCCUCACUCGACUGACCGGACAGGUCGACAUCAUCAACGCCGCCUCGUUCUUCCAUCUCUUCGACUGGGCCACGCAGGUGAAGCUGGCCAAGCAUGUCGUCGCGCUGCUGCGCCCGCAGAAGGGGUCGCUGCUCGUCGGCCGGCACGUCGGGGACUUCGAGGCCGGGGAGCGCGCGGACAGCGAGCUGGGCAAUACCUACUACCGGCAUGAUCUGGCGUCGUGGCGGCGGAUGUGGGCGCAGGUGAUGGCGGAGACGGGCACGGAGUGGGAGGUCGACGUGCGGGCGGAGGAGUGGGCGGACGUCAAGCAGAAUCGGCAUAAUCGGGAGAGUUCGUUCAAGAUGGUUUUUGUGGUGAGGAGGGUGUAAGUUAGGUGUUUGGGUGGGGGAGAGAGGGUUUAGACGACGUGUGUGGUCAAGCCUGUAGGUGGAAGAGGGGAGCGGGUGGAUAAUAGGUAAGUCGCAGGGACAAUGGCAACACAAGCAAUUUCAGUCUUGUUGAUUUUGGUUUGGCCGUCUUGAAGGUGAGCUGUGCAUAAGGUCCUCAGUCGCCGAUAGCUUUAUCUUAUCACCCCGAAGGUUGUCCCCAAGGUCCCUGUACAGUACACGUUGAUAAGAAAUGAGCCAAAAUAUUCCUCAG